AUGGCGCAAACAUCACCAAAGAAACCCGUCAUCAUCGUCGGCUCCGGCCUGGCGGGCCUCGUCGCCGCUUUUGAGCUGGCCGAGCGCAACGUCCCCACCAUCAUCCUCGACCAGGAGAACCGCAACAACCUGGGCGGCCAGGCCUUUUGGUCGCUCGGCGGCGUCUUCAUGGUCGACUCGUCGCGCCAGCGCCGCAUGGGCAUCAAGGACUCGCGCGAGCUCGCCAUGCGCGACUGGUUCGACUCGGCCCAGUUUGACCGCGAGGUCGAGGACUACUGGCCGCGCAAGUGGGCCAAGGCCUUUGUCGACUUUGCCGCCGACGAGAUGGAGGCCUACGUCGGCGCCCGCGGCAUGGGCUUCCUCUUCAACGUCGGCUGGGCGGAGCGUGGCGCCGGCCUCGCCGACGGCCACGGCAACUCGGUGCCGCGCUUCCAUCUGACCUGGGGCACAGGCCCAGAGGUUGUCCGCGUCUUCAGGGACCCGGUCCUCGAGGCGGAGAAGAAGGGCAACGUUGAGUUUAAAUUCAGGCACCAGGUGGACGAGGUCAUUACCGACGACAAGGGCCGGGCUGUGGGUGUGCGCGGAAGCAUCCUCGAGGAAGACGACUCGGCGCGCGGCAUCAAGUCAUCGCGCAAGGUCAUCGACAGCUUUGAGAUUUAUGGCUCUUCUGUGCUCGUUUCUUCCGGCGGCAUCGGCGGAAAUGUUGAAGCUGUCAAGAAGGCCUGGCCCGUCGACCGCCUCGGACCCAAAGUUCCCGAACACUUUGUCGUCGGUGUCCCCGCCCACGUCGACGGUCGCAUGAUUGACAUUUCCGAGACGGCUGGCGCCAACGUCAUCAACCGCGACAGAAUGUGGCACUACACUGAAGGCGUGCAAAACUGGAACCCCAUCUGGCCAGGCCAUGGCAUCCGAAUCCUGCCAGCGCCGUCGUCUCUCUGGCUGGAUGCCACCGGCAAGCGACUCCCGCCUUUUCUCUUCCCCGGCAGCGACACACGCGCGACGCUCAAGCACAUCUGCAGCACCGGCUACGACUACACCUGGUUCAUCCUGGACCAGACCAUCAUUGCGCGCGAGUUUGCGCUGUCGGGCUCGGAGCAGAACCCCGACAUCACCAACAAGAGCAUCUGGCAGAUGCUGACCCAGCGCAUCUUCAGCAGCAAAGGCACGGUCCCGGUGCAAAACUUUCAAAAGCACGGCAAGGACUUUGUGGUGCGCGAGACGCUCGAGGAGCUUGUCGAGGGCAUGAACGUGCUCGCCAAGGAGCGCAACGGUCCGCCGCUCGACUUUGCCGCCGUCAAGGCGGUCGUGGAGGCGCGCGACAGCCAGUUCGACAACCCCUACAGCAAGGACGCGCAGGCCAUGCUCAUCAACAACGGCCGCAGCUACUGGCCCGACAAGCGCAGCCGCAUCGCGGUGCCGCAUCGCCUGCUCGACCCGGCGCACAAGCCGCUUAUUGCCGUGCGCAUGAACCUGCUCACGCGCAAGUCGCUGGGUGGCAUCGAGACGAAUCUCGACAGCAACGUGAUGCGCGCGGACAAGACGCCGUUUCCGGGUCUGUACGCGGCGGGCGAAGUGGCGGGCUUUGGUGGAGGUGGCGUGCAUGGCUACAACUCUCUCGAAGGCACGUUUGUGGGAGGAUGCAUCUUCUCGGGCCGUGCGGCUGGCAAGGCCAUGGCGGCCGAGUAUGAGAAGCCUUAG